GUUUGGUUUCCUGUGGAGGACCUGGGGCUUGAGCUGAGAUGCUUUACCCCUGAGACUUUGUUGGGAAGAGCUAUAUAAGUCCGCGUUUCUCCUGUCGUUAUGAUUCCCUUUUUUCAGUUUAUUCUUCCUAGCAUCUGCUACUUUUAUAUCAUUAUAGCGUUAAGAUGAAGUAUCAAGGGAUUCUGGUAGCUGAACUACUGACUUUUGUCUUUUCAACUGGUGUUGUGGGCGUGAGCUCACCAGCGUCCUGGGCUACAUCGUCAGAUGGAGUUUAUAAGCUCUCAUCUUUUGAGACACCAGUUAAGGGCGCAGGAAACCCAGGCAGCGGCUCGACCUGGGAACUCCAAGUUGAUGAUACUUCAAGUGGACACAAGCAAUCUAUUACUGGCUUUGGAGCUGCUGUAACCGAUGCCACCGUCUCUUCUUUCUCAGCCCUGUCGGAGUCGCAGAAAACAGCAUUGCUGGCUGACCUCUUAACCACCUCCACUGACGACGGCGUCGCCUUCAGCCUAUUCCGCCACACCAUCGCCGCAUCUGACUUAUCGGGGAAUGUCUAUGCUUACUCUGAUGAGGUAGAUCCCGACCUCGCCAACUUCAAUUUGAAGACGGAAGGUAAAGACAUGGUCUCCUGGCUUUCCCAGUUUAAAUCCAUAAACUCGGCCAUCAAAGUCGUCGGGUCCGUGUGGAGCCCGCCAGGGUGGAUGAAGCUGAACGGUGUCAUGGAUGGGACGACUACGAACAACAACCUCGAUCACAAGUAUGCUAGUCAGUUUGCACAGUACUUUGUAAAGUAUAUCCAGGCCUUCAAAUCUGGCGGCGUUGAUGUCGAUGCGAUAACGAUCCAGAACGAGCCACUGAAUAGCCAGGCUGGGUACCCUACCAUGUACGUCGCGGCGGAUGAAUCGACGUCGCUUAUCCAGAAUAACAUUGGGCCGGCGUUAAAAUCCGCGGGGCUUACGACGGAGAUCUGGGCCUAUGAUCACAACACUGAUGUGCCGGCGUACCCGCAGGCCGUUCUCGACGGCGCGGGCUCCUUCGUCAACACGGUUGCCUGGCAUUGCUAUGCCGAAAACAAUGACUGGGGGGUCCUGACUCAGUUCCACGAGAAGAACCCCAAUGUAGCCCAGUAUCAGACCGAAUGCUGGACAUCGCCUACAAACACCUGGUAUAGCACCAUUGACUUCGUCAUGGGACCGAUGCAAAACUGGGCAUCUGGUUCCAUCGCAUGGACCCUCGGCAGUGACACCAACAACGGUCCUCACCUCCCUGGCGGCUGCGGUGCCUGCCGCGGACUUGUCGUCGUCGAUACCAGCGCAGGCACGUAUUCCAAGACUCUAGACUACUACCUCAUGGGGCAGUUCUCGCGCUUCGUGCCCCGUGGCGCGACGGCGCUAGCGACGACGGGAAGUACGGACUACGGCGGCGGACAGAAGUUUGAAGCGAUGUCGUUUGUGGAACCAGAUGGAUCGAGAACGGUGGUUGUGCAGAAUAAUUUUGGAAACGAGGUUUUCCUUACUGUGAAGUUCAAGGGAGGGGAGACGUGGAGUGGGAAGGUGUAUAAAGAGUCGUUGACGACUUGGCAGUUGCCGCCUGCGAGUGGGUAAGCGGGUGAUGGGUAGGGGCUAGUAGCGGCUUUCGCCGGGCGAAUUUCUAGUGGAUUUUGGCCAUAGCUAUGGAAAGCAAUCUAGAGUGUUUCACUUGUCGAUUACUGUAAACUGGCUGUCAAAGAAUGGAUAUUAUGAUCAUACGGAGCAGGUUUUGGCCGCCCAAACAUGUGGGUGAUUAAUACCUGGUUCUAGAUUCGUUGUUGAUAACCGAG